AUGUAUCCAGCACAUAACCCAACAAUUCCAAAUCAGAAAAAAAAGCAUCGGAAUCCAUUUACUUUUUUAUUUAAUAAACAAUAUAAAAGUACUCCAACCAUGUCAAUUCCGGCCGAAAAGCAAGGUCUUUUCGGGGCAUCUCUCUGCGAGGCUUUGAAAGUCGGGUCGACACUUUGGGGCCUAAAAGUGCCUGACCCAGUUGCUUUAUGUUUUCUUGAAAUUGAUAAACGAGGUUUAACAACAGAAGGUAUUUUUCGCCUAUCGGGUGCAACUUCCGAGGUCAUCUUACUUGAAGAUAAAAUCAACAUGUCUUCACCUGACGAGAGAAAGCAAAUCAAUGCAGACGAAUUCGAUAUUCAUACACUGACAAGUCUCGUAAAAAAAUAUCUGCGUGAGUUGCCUGAACCAGUCAUUCCAAACGAGUUUCAUGAGAAGUUUCAAGAUAUAGAUCUUUUACGUAAACGCCAAGGUUUAGAUAAACUCUCUUCAGUUAUUGUAAAGUUACCCUAUCAAAAUCGACAGUUGUUACAUGCUAUUCUGGUUAUGGCCUCAAAAAUCCAACAACAUGUUCAGUUAAACAUGAUGUGUCCUGAAGCAUUAGCUACAGUAUUUGCACCUGUCUGUACUGGAUUCGAACAAUCGUUAAAAGAUACAAUGAGAGUAUCCAAUUCUAGCUCAACUAGUUCUACAUUUAAAAAGCAGCGAAAGCAUAGCAGUAACGAACAAAUAUUGAAUUCAAGCGAGAUAAUUGAAAAGCAUAUCAAAAGAAAUAAGAAUUGGACAAACAUUUGGAAAUUUAUGAUCGAACAACAUGCAAGUUUAAUUAGUACUUUGGAUAAACAGAAUUCAGAAUUUAAAGAAAACAAUCGAUUCAAUCAGGAAUCCACUUGGAAUAAAAAGCAAGUUCAUUAUAGCCAUCAUCAACAACAUUUGAAUAGGUCGUUACCUUCGCCAUUUUCUACUUGUGGGAGUACGCCACCUUUACCAAGUGAAAUUAUUAUGGAUCAGUUCUACCCCAUGAACCAAAAUAGUAUACCAAUUGUUCAGCCGACAGCUAAAAGAACUCCUCGUCAACCUUCUGUAACACCAUCUUUUGAAGACCCAAAAUCCAAUUCCAUCUCAAAAAAAACUUAUUUUUUUCAAAAAUCAAACACAAUAAGAAAAAUAUUAUCGGCUAGCACAUUAAGAUAA